CUCAAAAUGUGGCCCUGCCCACGUUUGCCAAUCCCUCCGUUUCCACAACACGGAAAAGUAUAGAAACCAAACUACUUUUUUGUCUUUAUCUGUAGUUUAAUGCUUUGGUUUGUCACUUUCUCGUUUUCUGCUGAGGUCUUGCGCAACACCGCGUGAGCACGGAGACAGUCACCAUUGGGGCGUUGGAUUCGUUUCUUGCACAUAGUCCAUUAUGCUAAAUAUGGGGAACUUUAUCGAAACUGAUUAACCGCGAUUAACUUGCUUGUUAUAACAAAGUUAUCGAACGACAGCUCUGCCGCGGUUUGUGUACUUCACGGAUAACAAAAGGCCGGUCAUCUUCAUUGAUCUGUGGGGUCAGAAUGGGGCAUCCUCCGCUGGAGUUCAGCGACUGUUACUCCGAUAGUCCCGAUUUCAGAGAGAGGUUGAAAUGCUACGAAAACGAGCUGGAAAGAACCAGCAAGUUCCUCAAGGAUGUUAUCAAGGACGGCAACAAUGUGAUCAACACGAUUAAAGAAUACUCGCUAGCUGUGCAGAAGUUUUCUCAGACUCUUCAGUCGUUCCAGUUCGAUUUCAUCGGCGACACUCUGACUGAUGACGAGAUGAACAUCGCGGAGUCAUUUCGUGAGUUUGCUGGUCUACUGCAGGAUGUAGAAGAGGGCAGAACGAUGCUGGUUCAGAACGCCUGUGACUUGCUUAUCAAACCUUUGGAAAAGUUUAGGAAAGAACAGAUUGGAGUCACGAAAGACAGACGAAAGAAGUUUGAGAAGGAGAGCGAGCGGUAUUACUCUCAGAUGGACAAACAUGUGAAUCUGUCCUCCAAGAAAAAAGAGACGCAGCUACAGGAGGCAGAUGAACAGUUGGACAAGGAGCGUCAGGCGUUUUACGAGUCAUCUGUUGAAUAUGUCUACCAGAUCCAACAGGUUCAAGACAGGAAGAAGUUUGACGUUGUGGAACCUGUAUUGGCGUUUCUACAGAGCAUCCUCACCCUGAACAACCUGACAGUGGAGAUGACACAUGACUUCCUUCCAUAUAAACAGGAGCUUCAGAUCAGUCUGCAGAAUACCCGUAACAACUUUGAGAGCACAAGAGAGGAGAUGGAAGAGCUUAUGAAGAGGAUGAAACAGUCGUCUCAGCUCUGUAUUAGGCACGGCCAGCAGUGGACUAAGGAAGGAUACAUCUAUGUGCAAGAAAAAUGGGCUUUGGGUGUAACCUGGGUGAAGUAUUACUGUAAAUACUUUAAGGACAAUAAGACAUUGGUUAUGGUGCCGAUGGAGCAAAAAACAGGAACCAGACAGACCACAAGUCAGCUAACACUGAAGUCCUGUGUACGCCGCAAAGCUGAUUCUAUUGAUAAACGCUUCUGUUUUGAGAUUGAGACAAAUGAAAGAUGCAGCCCUGUCCUGCUCCAGGCUAUUUCUGAGGCCAACAGGAAGCAAUGGAUGGAGGCCAUGGAUGGGAAAGAACCAAUUUAUCAUUCUCCGAUUCAAAAGCAGGAAGAGAUGGAUCUGAAUGACCUGGGCUUCAAGUUCGUCAGAAAAUGCAUUAACUUUGUGGAAACAAAAGGGCUGACUCAGGAAGGGGUCUACAGGACUGUGGGCAGCAACAUCCAAGUACAGAAACUUCUGAAUGCCUUCUUUGACCCGAAGUGUCCAGGUGACGUAGAUUUCAAUUCGAAUGACAUGGACAUUAAGACCAUCACAAGUGCCUUGAAAUUCUAUUUGCGGAGUCUCAGUGAACCGCUCAUGACCUACGGUCUGCAUCGGGAACUGAUUUUAGCAGCAAAGUCAGAGAAUCUGGACUAUCGGUUAGGGGCGGUCCACUCUCUUGUUUACAAACUUCCAGAGCGGAACAGAGAUAUGCUGGAACUGCUAAUCAAACACCUGGUCAGCGUAUGCAGCCACAGCGAUGAAAAUCGGAUGACUGUGUCAAACAUGGGCGUAAUAUUUGGCCCCACUCUCAUGAGAGCGGAGGUGGAGACGGUGGCGGCCAUGUUGGAUAUAAAGUUCCAGAACAUCGUCAUGGAGAUCCUCAUCGAGGACUACUGCAAGAUCUUCAGAGGUCCUCCAGAAGAAACCAUGCCGCCUCCUGUUCCGCCUCCGAGGGUGUCGCCACGAAGACGGCAGCCAAUCACGAUCUCGAAACGCCCUCCUCAUCUUUACCCUGCCCUUCAGCCGCCCAUUUUCGAGAGACGAGAACAAAACGGUGCCAAUCAUAACGGUGGGGUACCCGACGGAGAUACCAGCCUCACCAACCCAAUUCCUCAUCAGAGAACCAAACUGGUACCUCCUUCCGUCUCUCCUCCGUCAGUCCCACUCUCUCCGACAUCUUGGAAGCCCAAACCUGCUCUACGGCCCUUGGAUUGUGACGUUUCCAAACUAGACGUCAGGAUACAAGAGAGUCAGAGGCAGGACGGUGCGGUGACGGCCAACGGGGAAUCGGGCACGAAGGUGAACCGGGCUCAGUCUUUCCAGGGCAGGAGGCCGCAGCUAAAAGGGACAACCGGAGACCAAGUAACAGGAGAGGCUCAGGGGCUAAAGGGACGAUCUUUCUCAGAGAAGAGUUCCAUCUGCCGGCCACCCACUCGACCGCCAGACCCACCCUCCCGAUUCCCUGUGAAACCUCACAAUGAAGAGACAACGGCCUCGUAUGUUGCCUCCAAAACCAAAUUUUUUGAGAACGCUUCCAAGCAGAUUGGAAGCUCCAGUCCAAUUUCUUCUGGUAAUGCCUCACCUGCAGCCUCCAGAGACGAGAACACUAAAUAAGAAAUAACUUCCAGUCAAUCGACUUGUGGACCAAUUAGCACACAGCUGCGGUCAAGAGACUCUGUGUAUGUGUGUGUUUGUGUGUCUAGACCUGGUAUAGUGAGAUAAAUUAUUAAUGUUAUUGACAAAGAAUCAAUGUACAGCCCCUCAAGUUUUGUUUUUGUGAAUGAUUUUGGGUACCAUUUUGUACUCCUCGCCACAUUCCGCACUCGCUUACUUUGUAAAAAACGUCUUUGAUCCUUACCUCGGUUCAGAGAACAAACACAAAGUGUUUUAACAGUUUGACCUCCCUGCGAACAAUGGCCAUACUUCCUCCCUUUUGCUCCUUUCCGUAUCUCCAUUUUUAUGAGUUUACAUUCUCGUUCCUGCACACAUGUAUGUUGGCACUACAGCAUUCACUUUAAGAAAGACUGAAGGAGGAUCCGCCCUGAAUGUAUUAUAUAAUAUUCAGAAUCAACACUAAUCAGUGUUUAAUUACGCUGAAGCUGAACACGGAUCUAUUAAUUAUCUGUUAUUAUCUCAGUAAUUAGUAACUGGAAGGAGAUGAAUGACCCGGGCUCGGAUUCUAAAUGUUUUUGACAAGAAAAGUAGUUACGGUAAUUGCAAAGUGUUUCUCCUUUCAUCUGGUGGGACACGCCUGUGGUGUUCCUCCAGCAAACCAGAGAGAGGAACUUUCAUUACUCGACAGCUUAUUCUUUUCAAUAGGCUUCGCCAUCCCUCAAUUUUUAAAUUAUCGGUCAGCCUUACUGAUAAGAGAACUCUUUAUUUAGCUGAACCGGACCUUUCAGAACUGAAGUCUUUAUUUUUGACCGAAAUGUCUUUGACCUUUUAUUCCGGAUGUUUACUUUGGUCAAUGUGAAUCUUAAAUGUAUGUGAAGGUGAAAAUGAAUGGAUAUAUAUGUUGACAUAGUUGGAAUUUUAGGACCGUACUUUGGUUGGCAGGAGCUCAGUUUUACAUUGAAAGCACAUUGUGGUGCUUUCCUACAUAAUAAUGUUACAGCUUAUUUCCAUGUUUUAUGUUUACUCUGUUGAUGAAUGUAAUUGUAAAUAUUUUACUGUGUGUCUUUAGUUUCGUAUCAGUCACUAAACCCUGUUUUGUAUUUGUGUUGGAAUAUACUGCUGCAAAAAC